AUGCAUACGAUAGGCAAUUUUAAAGACAGAAUCCCUGAACCAACUAUUCUUUACUUGCCGAAAUGUAAUCCUCCCCUCAAUAUUCUUAAACCUGAAAAAAAAGGACUUCUUGGAAGGUCUGACUUCAACUUGAAGACACUGAAGCUAUUAGCUUCCUCGGAGGCCGUCUCGAAGUCCCGGACGCCACUCAAAGGCCUGACAGACCGUCUGGCUGGUCUUUUGUUGAAUGCCACUCCUUCUUCCUCGGCCUGUUCAUACGAACGAUGUGCCCAACAGAGUUGGUCCAUAAAGGCUGGCCCUCCGCCGCCUGCCUAUCGGCGGAUAUUCUCCUCCACUGCCUCUGAAAAGAGACGCAAUGCUGCCAUUUCAGCGGGCAAAAACGGCUUGCUGCCUACAACCUUGAUGGCCAAUGUCCCUGGAGCAUCGGACAUUGUGCGCGGUUGGCCGAUGCACUUCAAUUACACCACUUUUGUUUGUCCUGCUCCGAUUGCCACGUUGAAUCACUCCUCCUCGUCGGUGCCAUACAGCUUUUCCUUCCCCAGCACACCAUGGGCCGCGGGACUGCGCGUUGACUGCCUUCUUGGUUCAGGAAAGUAUGGUGAAGUGUAUGCAGUUUCGACGGCCUCUGCUGCUGGCUCCACUUCAUGCCGAUUGGCAGUGAAGCGACUCACAAAUCGACUCCCUUUCUCACUUGAGCUCGAAGCGCAUCUUCAUCUCCAGAGAAUGUCUGCCCUGCCCUCCAUUUCAUCUUCCCACUUGCCCUCUUGCAUGAGUUUCACUUCAUUUCGGUCCUCCUCUUCACCUGCCUCGCUUUGCUCUCGCCCAUCUCGGUCGUCUCUGUCGAACGCCAACAAUCCUCUUGGCGAGUCUCGUCGCCGCACUUCCGACGCUGGCAACCGUCGUCUCCAUCCGUUUGUGGUUCAGCUCUACGCUCACGCUAUCGUAGCUAAGGCCAGAGGGUUGUUCACAUCCUCGUCAUGUGACUACCUCCUAUUGACCGACCUGGCGGCCGGGGGAGACCUACAUCAGCUGGCAUUUUUGCAACUUCGUGGCCGCUUCGGCCUGACCAUGCUGCCCAGGCAAGCUGCAUUCUACCUGGCUGAGCUGGCUGAAGCGUUAAUCUGGCUACACGAUCUCGGUUUGGUGCAUCAAGACAUCAAACCAGACAAUGUACUCCUACAGGCGGACGGGCACAUACUGCUGGCCGACCUCGGUUUAGCCUGCAUUCCGGGUCGUGGAGCCGCUUGUUCCGGUACCAUUGUCUCAUCCAGCCCUCACCUUCCUCCAGAAAUCACAUCAGCCCGAUCGAAAAGCCGAGGACGUCGGCUGGUCUGGCACGCCGCCGACUGGUACAGCCUGGGCGUCCUCUUCUAUCGUCUGAUUGCACCGCAGCCUGACUAUCCGCGCCCCGUUCGUGCUGGCCAU